AUAAUUGUUUCUAAAAAACGAGUUGGCUUAUGAUGAGGACAAUUUAUCAUCCUAAAAAGAAACAAUAGCGAAGCGGCACUUGACAGAACGUGACUUGUGGCUCGGUGACAACACGAAGGAAAACAAACUCCUGCAGAGCAACAUCUUCUAAAACCGGCCGACGACCAUCUCGCAGAAGAACUAAAAAUGACCGAUUCCGUUGUUUCCAACCGACACAAGGACUGUUUACCCUGUCGCCUAGUUAGCGGGUUCGGUGUAAUCGGCAUGGGCGUCUACAUAGCAGUGCAGGCACAGAAAAGAACGAAACCUCUUGGCCGCUUCACAAUGCUGGGCAUUGCCGCCGUCGCCGGCAGUAUAGGCAUUGCACGCCUAGCCGAUGUGUACCCUUUUGGCGAAAGAGUGCAAAAAUAGCUUUUUCAGUUUAAGUUGAGUUGAGUUUAGUAUUAAAAUAAAGGAUCCUCCUUCCACCCCGA